AGAGUGGGAUUAAGGGAUGUGGGUUGGCUCUGCGUGAUUCCAGCAAUCAGAGGAUCUCUGCUGCGGUUGUUGGUCCGUCGGCGUCGAGCGCAGACGAACCCUUUCAAAAGAUCCCUCGCUGCCUCUUUGCAGAACAGAAAAUAAGAUGCACAUUUUUAUUUACUCAUUUAUUUAUUUAUUUUUAACCCACAUGAGGACUGUGGGAUAAGGCGCCGGGUGAUGGAUUCCUGCAGCGCGCGUUUGGUGUUGCAAAGCGCACGAAGCGUGCGUGGACCGACGUGAUGCUCGCUCAGUGAAGUCACAUCAGUCGAUCCAGAGGACGGAGCAGAGGAUGGUCCCCGGGGCCCCCAACACCGCCACCACCAUGCUUCCUGCGUCCGAGGCUGCCAAAAUUUACCAGACCAAUUACGUGCGCAACUCUCGCGCCAUCGGUGUCCUGUGGGCCAUCUUCACCAUCCUCUUCGCCAUCGUCAACGUGGUGUGCUUCAUCCAGCCCUACUGGAUCGGUGACGGCGUGGACACCCCGCAGGCGGGCUACUUCGGUCUCUUCCACUACUGCAUCGGGAACGGGCUGUCCCGGGACCUGGCCUGCCAGGGCAGCUUCACCGAGUUCAGCAGCAUCCCGUCCAACGCCUUCAAAGCCGCCUCCUUCUUCAUCGGCAUGUCCAUGGUGCUGGUCCUCACCUGCAUCGUCUGCUUUGCGCUCUUCUUUUUCUGCAGCACCGGAACCGUGUAUAAGAUCUGCGGCUGGAUGCAGCUGGCUGCAGGUACCUGUCUGAUUCUGGGCUGUAUGAUCUAUCCGGACGGCUGGGACAGCGACGAAGUGAAGCGGAUGUGUGGCGAGCAGACAGAUAAGUACACGCUGGGGGCUUGCUCAGUGCGCUGGGCCUACAUCCUCGCCAUCAUGGGCAUCAUGGACGCGCUCAUCCUGUCCUUCUUGGCCUUCAUCCUGGGCAACCGUCAGGACAGCCUGAUGUCCGAGGAACUGCUGGGAGACAAAAGCAGUAACGCCGCCAUAUAACGUGACUUCACACACAAACACAGGUA